AUGGACACCGCCUCCAAGAUCACCACCAAGAGCUUGAAGGAGAACAAGAAGCUGUGCCAGAGGCAGAGUGGAGGAGACGCACCUGCCGAUGGGAAUGCCGAUGAGGAAAACAGGGAGCAGGAGACUGACAACAAGGAGCAUGAAGAAGAGGAAGCGGGUGGGAAGGAAGAGGAGGAGGAAGGUGACAUGAGAAAGAGGAUGGAGUGGACAACGAGGAAACAGGCUCCUGUGGGUGAGCGGGUGGCUGAAGAUGAUGACGAUGAUGUCGACACCAAGAAGCAGAAAACUGAUGAGGAUGACUAG